AAUGUCAUGCUCUGAGAGAUUCGUUUUCACGGCGUCCUUGGUUAACUCUUUCGUGGACUGCCGUCCAAAGGAGCCCCCCUCAUUCGCCCACCCUCACCAGCACGCUGCCCGCUCUGACCCGGACUGCAGAGUCCAACAUAUUUGGGGUUCCGUUCCAAACACGGCCAUACCCGGGACAAUGAACCAGCACCAGCCGUUGCAGCCGCAAGAAGCUAUGGCUCAGCCUCGAUACCAAUACCACCAGGGAAUACUGAACUGGGACGAGCCACACUUGAGUCCGGUCCGGGUGCCGCAGGUCAGUGCGUGCCCUUACAGCGCGUCAAACAGAAAAGACGACUCCUCCUAUUUGCUCCUGGAACCUGACAACCACUCAAAACCGUCACCGGACGUGUCUGCCUUCACCAGACUAAUGUCAGAGAUGGGCUCCAUGACGGGCGGUUCUGGUCCAAUUCAGGGCUACUUCCGCCCGGAGCAGUCAUACUCCGGGUUCAAAGUCCAGGAGUACAACAACAGCGUGCACGGCUUGCCCACGACCAAUCCACCGCGCGCUCCCCACUCUGUCUCGAGCCAUUUGUACCACUUGAGCUUCCCGGUGCUGCCAUAUCCAGACACUGACAUCAAGCGCGUUAUUGAUGACUUAGCGCUGGGCAGCAGUGAGUGUCCAGCCCAGAGAAGCGACAGCAGCAGCACCCUGGCCAGUCAGACCAACACGGAAGACUUAGUCAUAGGUUUACGGCGAGACAAGCCCCCAUCAGACUUACCCAAGGGCGAUAAAGGUCCCAGACAGGAGUCGCAAGAGGAUGCAACAUUCAAAAAUGAUGCAACCUGUGGAUGGCUGUGGGCGAAGGCGGGGAGGAAGAAGCGCUGUCCUUACACCAAAUACCAAACACUGGAGCUGGAAAAGGAGUACCUCUUCAACAUGUAUCUGACUCGCGAUCGCCGCCUGGAGAUCGCUCGCAGUGUCAACCUCACUGACCGUCAAGUCAAAAUCUGGUUCCAGAACCGCCGCAUGAAGAUGAAGAAGAUGACACGGGAACACAGAACCAGGGACUCGGUCACACAUUUCCCCAUCUGAUUCCUCACAAACAUGGUGCGCAGAGAGAGGCCUACAUGGACGUGACUGUGUGCAGGAGCACGGGAUGACGCAACGUCAAUAAUAGGAUGGACCAUAUACUGAAGGAUGUAGUAGAGGCCCUGAUCUGAAGGACGGCCUGGAUGAAAGUACUAUCUAUGUCCUAUACACUUUGCAUGAGGAUAUGGUGGCUGUUACCGGUUACGCUUGAGUUUUUCCAUGAAGGAGACAUAUCGGGAAGCUUUUUCUUUCUCCAUACCCCUGUCCCGCAACACGCUUCAUAAAAGCACUUUAUUUGAUUAUUGUCUUGUAGUUGUUUCUUGAUAGCUCAAUAGAAUGAUUGCAACGUUGCUUAAUUUGUAUUUUUGCCAGACACAGGCUACUGUCUUGAAUCGAAGACCAUUGUUUACUGUUCAUGCUAGGCUAUGGGAAGCCAAUUUGAAAGGAUCACUUUAUUUAUAACGUAAGCACUAUUUUAUUUAUUUGCGGACGCAAUUGUAUUUGUAAGCUCUGAAAAAUGUGCACCAGUAAGCACAAUAUUUUGAACUUCAAUUUUGUAAAAUAGGAAGGAUUUAAAACAUUAUUUCUUGUUUAUACGGAGUCCUUUUUCAGAUAGCUUGACUUGAAACAAAGAAUGUGUUGAUUACAAUAAUGCAUGAUUGGAUGUAUAAAAAAACAAAAAUAGUUUUCUAAAUGAGAGCAUUUGAAUUAAAGUUUACUCUUUCCGGGAAAUAGGGAAACGUUUCCUUACGCACAUGAGCCCUUGACGUUCCAAAAGGCAAGCCUGGGAUAGAAUAUAUAUUUUUGUCUUGUAUUAUCAAUGUUUGUUUUGGUAUAGUUUCGCCUAUCACUUCUGCUUGAAUAAAUAUUCCCCAGUUCCCAUAUUUCUUAGUUUGCAACUUCGAUAUGUGUAGAUAGAUGGAGAAAAACAUACAGCUGCUGAAAUAAAUAUUUUUCCCCCCUAUUACAUUUAGUGUAAUUGUUGGGUACACCCCAUUGCAACAAUUACUAGUUCUAGACACCUAUUACCACCCUUAGCACAUCCCUCUUCCUAGUAGCCUUCUCCUACCAGGUCAUAUGAGCUCCAGUAUUGUGAUUAUUCUUCCUGUAAUGAUGAUUGUAAUUGCUGUAACUAUUAUUAUUACGCUAGUAUUUGUGGUUUGCAGUAGCCUAGUUGCAUGGUGUAAUUUCCUUAUCCUAACAAGCAAUGUCAAUGCAUAUAUUUGGUUUAUGCAAGGUCUAAUUGAAAACAAUUUAAUCUGAUUUAGGAGUGAUUAAUUGUAAAAAGGAAUAAUGUAUAUAAUAUACUUUUUUUGAGUUUAGCCUACAUUUGUCUUGUGCCUUUAACUUUAUUUCCCCUUUUUUCACUAGCUGGGUUCAGUGGCCACCAUUUACUGUAGCCAUCCUUCUGAAUUCAAAAGACAUUCUUUUUUCCCCCUUUUAAGAAAAACAGAAGCCAAGUUGCAGAUGCCAGAGUUUCCGCUGCUGAUGUGUGGGUUGUCAGCCAACACACAGGCCAGUCGUUCACGUCCUCUGGGAACAGCGUACAUGCAUUCCACAUUGAAUUUCCUCUUAUUUUUGUCUUCCAGAUUAUUAGAGAUUGGUCGAGCUGGAAUUACGACCUGGUCUGUGGCAUUUAUAGGCUAAAAAUAAGAAGCAAUGUAUAGCCUUAUGCCAGAUCAUCAUGACAACCAUUGCACGUAGGAAAAAACUAAUAACGUGCGUGUAUUUAGUGUGUACAUAAGAUUAUUUAAUCCCUAUUGAUUCAAUUGUUAUCUAGAUUUAUGUAUUCAUUCGACGUGAUUGACGUGAUCUAUGGUUUCAUUCUGCAUGUACUUUCUCUGAUAUUGUUUGAAUAUGAAUAUUUGAUGGGAAACACAUGCCGCAACUUCCCCACACUGGACACCGGAUAUACAGCUAUUGGCCUUUUAUCUCGAAAGGAGACUGUGUAGCGUCUCCUGCUAGCAUCGCCAUGUUGAAGAGCGCACGAUUAUAGUGACUCUGUCUGCCGCCUCCAGAUUUUAUCAGGGGCAAUUGACAGGGCAUUUAUUGUAGACUCAGGAAGUCAGGGUAGCAGAUGUGUCCCAAGGAUUAUAGUACUGUACUUUUCACUACAAUAUUAUUGCCUGGUAUUGUGGCUAACAAAGACGUCCUAACGUGCGUUAUAGGCCUGUCUGUGCAUGAUUGAAAUAGCAUGGGCAUGCUACUUCCUCUCCUAUUCUUUAUUCCUACUGUAUUGCAGUUUGUAUCUUGUCUCGUUUUCUAACUGCUGAUCACUUCAGUAGGCUAGUGUAUUAUGGAAUAAAGGCUACAGUUUUGUUUAUGUUA